AUGGCGAUCCGGGGACCCGCGCCCCGGCCUGGCGGCAGACCCAGGUUAGGUCUGCAAUUUCUCCAGCGGUUCCUGCAGAUACAGAAAGUUUUAUUUCCCUCUUGGUCAUCACAGAAUGCCUUGAUGUUCCUGACCCUUUUGUGUGUGGCCCUACUGGAACAACUGGUGAUCUACCGGGUUGGCUUGAUCCCCAGUCAGUACUUUGGAGUUCUAGGAAACAAAGACUUAAAUGGAUUUAAGACCCUGACGUUCCUGUCUGUCGUGCUGAUCGUCCUCAACUCCAUGCUCAAGAGCUUCGACCAGUUCACCUGCAACCUGCUAUAUGUGAGCUGGAGGAAGGACCUCACCGAGCACCUCCACCGCUUCUACUUCCGGGGCCGAGUGUACUACACCCUCAACGUGCUGCGGGAUGACGUCGAUAACCCGGACCAGCGCAUCAGCCAGGAUGUGGAGCGGUUCUGUCGGCAACUCAGCAGCAUGGCCAGCAAGCUGAUCAUCUCCCCCUUCACCCUCGUCUACUACACCUACCAGUGCUUCCGGAGCACCGGCUGGCUCGGGCCUGUGAGCAUCUUCGGGUAUUUCAUCCUGGGAACUGUGGUGAACAGAGUGUUGAUGGGUCCCAUUGUGGCAAAGCUGGUGCAGCAGGAGAAGCUGGAGGGGGAUUUCAGGUUCAAGCACAUGCAGAUACGGGUGAAUGCUGAGCCUGCUGCUUUUUUCAGGGCUGGGCACGUGGAGCACAUGAGGACAGACCGCAGGCUGCAGCGACUCCUUCAGACCCAGAGGGAGCUGAUGUCCAAGGAACUCUGGCUGUACAUCGGCAUCAACAUGUUUGACUAUCUGGGCAGCAUCCUGAGCUACGUCGUGAUCGCGAUCCCCAUUUUCAGUGGCAUCUAUGGAGAUCUGAGCCCCACAGAGCUCAGCAGCCUGGUCAGCAAGAAUGCCUUCGUGUGCAUGUAUCUCAUCAGCUGCUUCAGCCAGCUCAUCGACCUCUCCACCACACUCUCCGACGUGGCGGGCUACACACACAGGAUCGGGGAGCUUCAGGAGACCCUGCUGGACAUGACCCCAAAGUCACAGGAUGGGGAGAUUCUGGAUGAGAGCCAGUGGGACUUGGCCAGGGACCCGGGAGGGCCAGCGACAGAGCCAGCAGAUACAGCUUUCCUCCUCGAGCGGGUCUGCAUCUGCGCCCCCUCCUCUCACAAACCCUUAAUCAAGGACCUGAGCCUGAAGAUCUCUGAGGGGCAGAGCCUGCUCAUCAUAGGCAACACGGGCACCGGCAAGACCUCCUUGCUCCGGGUUCUGGGCGGCCUCUGGGCAAGCGCACGGGGCUCAGUGCAGAUGCUGGCAGACUUUGGACCCCACGGGGUGCUGUUCCUGCCCCAAAAGCCUUUCUUCACUGACGGGACCCUUCGGGAACAGGUGAUAUAUCCCCUGAAAGAGAUCUACCCAGACUCAGGUUCUACCGAUGAUGAGAGGAUCAUGAGGUUCUUGGAGCUGGCAGGCCUGUCCAGCUUGGUGGCAAGGACAGAAGGUCUGGACCAGCAGGUCGAUUGGAACUGGUAUGAUGUUCUGUCCCCGGGAGAGAUGCAGAGGCUCUCCUUUGCCCGGCUCUUCUACCUGCAGCCAAAGUACGCAGUGCUUGAUGAAGCCACCAGUGCCCUGACCGAGGAGGUGGAGAGCGAGCUGUACCACAUCGGCCAGCAGCUGGGCAUGACGUUCAUCAGCGUGGGCCAUCGGCGCAGCCUCGAGAAGUUUCACUCCUUGGUUCUGAGACUCUGUGGAGACGGAAGGUGGGAGCUGACCAGAAUCAAAGUGGAAUGA